CCAACAUUGAACUUCACAUCACCGUCAUCACCACCAGCUCCCUCCACCAUCCACACCACACUCCUCAAUCAACCACACAACGAUAACCUACAACAAACCUACAUAUCACACCUACCGCACUUCCACAAAACCAACUACCCACCUACUCAAGACUUACUCCCACAAUGUCAACCCCAACCCCAGACAACCCAACACCACCACCACCAACCACAACAACAACCACCACAUCCACCACAUCCUCACAACAACCCUCCUCAUCCCGCCUCCCCGUCCAAACCCACCACUGCCGCUUCUGCAACCAUCUCCUCCUCGCCACAACACGCUCAAUCCCAUCCCUCCCGCGGCGCAAAUCCCCCGCAAAAGACGGGGCGAUAAUCCUCCCUCUUCCGCGCGAUCACAGCACCGACGACGAUGAACAAUCGAAACAACAACAAAAACACUACACGAUUCUUCUCUCAACCACUAUCCCCGAUCGGAAACAUACCCUCGUGCGCAGGGAAGAUGGCUUCGAGAAGAGGUUGUUCCUGCGGUGUGGACGGUGUAGAGUUGUGAUGGGGUAUUUUUUGGAUGAGGUGCAUUUUGGGGGGAUGACUUCUACUAAUAGGGAAGGAGGGGAUGGGGAGGGAGAUGGGGAGGGGGAGAAGGCGAGGGUGGUGUAUUUGUUGCCUGGAGCUUUGGUGGAGACGGGGGUGAUGAUGCGAGAUGAGGAGUUGGAGAGGGUGGUGAAGGGGCUGGAUAGGGAGUGGGUGGGGUGGUUGGAGGGAUAAAUUAUCUAUUUCAUCUGUCUGUCUGUCUGUCUGUCUGUUUUUGAUGCUGUGCUGUGCGCAUAGCAUAGUCUAUGGAUGGGGCGAUGUAUUGGGAGGGAAGUGAUAUAAGUUGGAGUUGU